AUGGCGCACGACCCGCUGCCCGUGUCGUCCGAACCGCCGCGGCCUCUGGAGGUCGUCCGGUCCGGGUACGUCAGCUUCAAGAAGGACGCCUUCGCGAGCUGGCUUUGGCGCGCCAAGUACCUCGUACUGCGUGACCAGAACUUGACCAUCCACAAGAACGAGAAGGCGCCGGCGCAGAUCACGGUCCCGCUGGACGAACUCAAGAAGCUCGAGCGCACGGAACGCAAGCCGUACGGCCUCUUGAUCGAGGCGCGCGGGAAGCGGUACAUUCUGAACCUUAAGUCGGACGCGGAACUCUUCGACUGGCAGGACGAUAUCUACAACAGGUCUCCCCUUUCCGGCGUCUCCAAUCCCACCGACUUCGCGCAUUCUGUUCACGUCACGGUAGACGCUAGCUCGAGCGGACAAUUCAGUGGUUUGCCUGCAGACUGGGCCCAGUCACUCAACCAACCUGUAGCUGCUCGCUAG